UAUGCGCACUCAGAUCUGUGAACUGCCCGAAAUGAACAGAAGAACUUCCUCGAAGAAGACUCUGGAAGAAUCAUGGCGGUGGAUAAGAAAGAUACACGUUCAGGGAAAGCUCCUAAAAAAGAGUCGCAGCCUUUAAUUAUCGCCAAAACCCCAGCAGAGAAGCAGCGCCUAAAGUUGGAGAGAUUGAUGCGAAACUCCGAUAAACCUGCGCCCAUACCAGAGAAACCAAAGGAGUGGAAUCCACGCGCUCCGCCAGAGUUUGUGCGGGAUGUGAUGGGUUCCAGUGCUGGAGCAGGCAGCGGUGAAUUUCAUGUGUAUAGACAUCUGCGCCGUCGGGAAUAUCAGAGACAAGACUUCCUGGAACGAAUUUCUGAAAAGCAAAAGCUGGAUGAAAAAUAUAUUGAGAAGGUGAACGAAAACCAAAAGGCUGCUGAGGAAAGAACGGCCAAACGCAGAAAAAAGAGGGAAAAGUUGAAACAAAAGAUGUUGGCCAAGAAAGCCAAGAUGGAGAGCCAGAAAGAAGCAGGCUCAGAGGAGAAGUCAUCAUCCUCUGCUUCUGAAGCAGAAGAGCGAGAAGAUGAUGCAGAAGUGCCCAGCUUCAUCAUGGGGAAGAGGUGACUUGAUGAAAGGAUGGACGUAUCCAGCAGAUACUACCUUACAAUGGCAGAAACGCCUCCAGCAGUGAAUAUUUUCUGAGCUGUGUGCUGAAAACACUUGAAGUCAGUUUGAAAUCAGUGUUUCAGGAGCGCACUCAUAAUUUGUGCUUGAGUUGGAUGUUCAACACUUGAGCUGGACAUUUGAAAAGCUGGAUGUUUUUCUUCACUGGAGUG